AUCGCCGUUUGAUGUUUGUUAUGCGGAUUCUGGGACUCGGAUUACGGUCGAUAAAUACUUUUUGUUUAAAAAAAGUCCUAAUGGAACUGUCUUCAGGCUUUGGAAAUGGUACGUACUAUGCAUUUAUCACUAAUCUGCUCGAGGCAGCAGAGUACAUUCGAAGUUAUACAACGUAAAGCGAUUGCUGAAAAAAGACAGAAGAACGCGGAGGCGGGAAAUGAAGAAACACAUUUGAGCGUGUCGGGCGACGGUUCGUGGAAAAGACGUGGCUUUUCGUCGUUAUUUGGAAUUGCAACGCUGAUCGGAAAAUAUACGCACAAAGUGUUGGAUUUUGUUGUAAAGUCGUCAUUCUGCCAAAGCAGCAACUGGGCCAGCAAAAAAGGAACUAAUGAGUACGAUAUCUGGCAUGAUACUCAUGAACAACAUUGCAGCAUAAAUCACACUGGAAGUGCUGGUAAGAUGGAGGUAGAUUGUAUGAAAGAAAUGUUUUGUCGAUCAGAAUCGCACGGCGUGAAAUAUGCUACAUAUAUCGGCGACGGUGACACGAAAACUUUCCAAGCUCUCCUCAACUGUAAUCCUUAUAGCGACCUUACCGUUCAUAAGAAGGAAUGUAUAGGUCAUGUGCAGAAGCGCAAAAAUGACAACGAAAGCUUCAACGCUUGUCUGUGGAAACUGGUCCCCAAACACCUUCAUUGUGGCGAACAAACCAUCAGAACAGCAGCAUACAUAGCUUCCGGCAUUUUUAAUGAAGGCUAUUCAUCUAUAUUAAAAACCAUGCAGACGUUGGGAAUCGUAAUCGGGACAAACAGCAGAAACUUCGCUGCGAAGACUGACGAAGAGCGCGUCAAGUCAGCGAACGCGAAACAGUCAGAGUUGAUGAAAAAGGCCAGAAUUGAAAAAAUGAGCGCCCAAGUGCAGCAAAACAUGCUCUUCGAGGAUGAGGAAGGAACCCUGUAUGGUGCUGGAAUAGCUGAUUAGAUAAUCUUCCCUUAAUCCAUGGGAGACAGGAGCCAUUAACCAAUAAGAAGAAGAAGAAGGCUGGACGGAUGCGCGUAUUCGGUAAUCUUUAGAGAUUAAUAUCUCGUCAACUAUUGCGAAAAUUGUAAAAUGGUAGAGGACUUUCCGUCUCAGUUUAGUCCGUUCUAUCUGUUCACGAACUGUUAGAUGAAUUA